UGAACAGUUAUAAUUAAAUUAGAAAUUGUCAGAAAUGUUUGCCGGCAAAGCAGAACUUGCUCUUGGCUGGAAAGAAUUCCUUAAUAGCAAGAUGAUCACCAAAGAUAGCUACGCCACCUCCACAGAUAAUGAGAUGGGCAAUGUAGACCAUAUUGAGAUUGAGUACAGCUUUAGUGAACUUGAUAAGUGGGAUUUCUUAAUCAGAAAAUUGCUGAAGGCGGGAAUUAAGCUUGAGAAUAUUCAUAAGCUAGUUCUGAACGAAUUUUGGAACGAGAGAGAUUUCAAAAAGGUUUACGGCAAACAUUUUGUAAAGAAAAGACAACUCCAAAUCAUCUCCCUGACUUCCCAUCCAAACAUUCAGCUACUUGCACAGAGUUACCGAGUCCUUAUCCCUCUCUAACAUGGCUAUCUCAAAAUCUUCCCUCCGUAAGAUUCUUCAAGCGGGAAGAGCUAUCCCUCAUAUUACCUUCUUUGACUGAAAAAUAAGGUUUUUUAGUUUUGGGCUUUCCAAGAAUUUGAGGUAUGAGACCAGUAGUAUCGAAUUCCACCUCACCAACGACGAAGAUCUAUCCUUCUGGUCUUCCAACCCUGAUGCCAAUAUCUCUCUCCUAAAAGCAAUCUCUGAGACCACUCUCCAAGAAACGCUGGAGGUCCUACAGAUCCCUCCUCCAGAGCUAGGCUCAAUGAUCCCUUACAUGGCCAAAGAGAUGGGACUGGGAAUGGUAAAGUUCUAG